AUGGAAUUUCGAUCUCUUCUUAUAAAAUUAUUCAAUCAAUUGACAAAUAAUGAUCGUCAAGCAUUGCAUUUUGCUGUGGGUAAUAAAGUUCCACGUAAAGAUCGAGAUAAUUGUACACCUUCUGGUAGUUUAAAUCUUCUUGAUUCUCUUUUUGAUCGAAAUUUAAUUACUGAACAAAAUUUUGAUUAUUUAAUUAAUAUAUUUGAACAAAUUAAUUGUAAUGAUGCUUCAGAACAACUCAAAGAAUAUAAACUGCAUAGUAUAAAAAUAUCAAACACUGAGCAAAUAUUAUCAGAAUCAUCAUUAAUUGACAAAUCUGUUUUAAAUAUUGAAGAUGAUAAAAUGCGAAGUUUUUCUAAUGAUGUUUCAAGACAAUUUCCACCAUUAUCUUCUAUUUCUGAAUUAGAACAUUCUAUGCUACGAUCUAAUACCAAUACAUUUUCCGAAGAAACAUAUCAUUUCAAUGAACAUGAAAGAAAACAAUCGCUUUCAAUAAUUUUAAAAGUAUUAAAUCAAAAACGUAUUUUAUUUUCUAUUGUUUUAAUCAUUAUUACUACCUUAUCUAUUAUGCUUUGCUUUAUUCUAUUUCAAUCUGUCUUCAUUGAAUCAUCAAAAUUAGAUGAUGCGAUAUCUUCUCAGAACAUAAAGCAAAAACUAUUCUAUAUCAUGAAAGAAGGAUUACAAUACGGUGAUUAUAGUCUUAUUCAAAAUGAAACAUUUAAUGAUGCCAAAGAUCGUGAGCUAUUCUAUUCUGAUCGAUGUAUCGGUGUUGAAUUGAAAUGGUCUAGUAACGCUCUGUUCUCUAUACAAUUCUUAUAUUCAAAUGAUCGACCAUCAAGCUUACAUACUACUACUACUACUACUACUCAAAGCAAAGAACUAUCUAUUCUCUCAUCUCAAUUUUCAAGUAUUUUCAUGUUGAAUUCAAAUGAAGAGAUCAACAAAAUAAAUUUAUAUCAAAAUUUACAUCAGACAAAUUUUAAUAUAGUCGGUAUACAAUUUUAUACGACUAAUGGAAGAAAAACCAAUGUAUUUGGUUCUAAUGAUGGACAUUUUAUAACUGAAUCAUUUGAAUAUUAUACAUUCGGAUAUGCUAGAGGAAGACAAAAAAAGGAAAAAGGAGUAGAAAUGCUUCAAUUUAUCUGGUUCAAACAAUCUUCUAUGGAAGAACAGAUAGCUACAGUACCUCGUAAAAUGUUAGAAAUGUGUGAAUUCACCUAUACUAGCCUUCAAGAUCUUAAAUUUGUACAUGCGAAUGGUAUUGAAUCUUCAUGGUACGAUCUUAAGCGUAAAUUCAAUCGACAAGGUGUCGAAUGUGAUUCAACAGCAUCUUAUUAUGAAAAAAUUAGUAAACGAGGUCCUGAAUUAUUUGCCAUCGUUAAUAAUACUUCAGUUUUCUAUCAUGAUAACAAUAAAUGGUCUAAAUAUCGUAGUGCAGCAAAUAUUACAUGUAACCUUAUUCCAUGGUCUGAUACGAAUCUACUAAAGGAAUCAUAA